CACAAGGGAAGGGCAGAGAGAGCUAGGGAGAGAGAGUUCCAAGCAGACUCCACACGGUCAGCACAGAGCCUGAUGUGGGGCUGAAUCCCCUGAACAGCAAGAUCAUGACCUGAGCUGAAGUCAAGAGUCAGAGGCCCAACCUGCUGAGUCCCCCAGGUGCCCAGGACCCUCUUCUGAUGGCUGUUACACCCUCCCUCCAUGAAGCCAGUGAGUCCGAAGCUGAGGGAGGGGGCGGGAGGGACGUGCUGGACAUUUGGCCACGGCCGGGCAGGCUGCCGGAACACCCGGAGGGUCACGGGAGGCCGGCAGCCUCUAAGGCAACAUGGGACCAAUCAGCAGCAGGGUGUUUUUGUCAUACUUGGGGCCCGGGUUCAGACCGGCCUUGCAUCAACCCUGGAUCCCAGGGGAACCGCUUGUGCUCAGCUCACCGACCAACAUCUCCUUUUGUUUUCUUUCUGCCCUUAGACAUGUUCCCUUCCUGUGAGCCCCGCAGGGCAUCAGAAAGCCCAUUUCUUCUGGGGGCUUCGCAGCCACAUGCCCCUUCCAUGUGCUGAGCUGUCUGCUAGUUUCCUCCACAUCCUUGAGUGGGGACAUGAUUGCCAGAAGACUCCCCAGUGAGCCUUCCUCCACAACAUACGUAUUUAAGGUGUCCUCGUGCAGCCUUCUUUCUUUACUUUAUUUUUUAUUUUUUUCAUUGCUUUAUUUAUUUUUGAGGGAGAGAGAAUGAGAGAGCAAGCAGGGGAGGGGCAGAGAGAGGGAGGCUCCACACCGACAGCAGCAAGCAGGGUGCAGCGCUUGAACUUCUGAACUGAGCCGUGAGAUCGUGACCUGAGCCCAAGUCGUCGGAGGCUCAACCGACUGAGCCACCCAGGCGCUCCUGUCCUGUGGCCUUCUUUAUCGUAACAGGACUGGCUGGCAGCUGGACAUCUGAACAGUCCGUACUGAAUUGGGGGCCCUCGUAGGGAACAGCACUGCGACCAGGAAGAUCUGGUCGGUGGGCCUGUAAAACAUGUGGUGUUUGCUCUGGUUGCUGUGGGAAGAGCCCCCCCAGACCGAGUGGUGCAAAGCCGCAGCUGUUGUGCUCAUGGAUUCUCUGGGUCAGAAAUUGGCACCGGGCCCAGGGGCGGUGUGCUUUCUCUGCCCCGUCAAGCCUCAUCCGGGAGGCAGCGGAGUGGCUCAGGGCUGGGACCAUCUGGACACCUCUCCACUCGCAGGUCUGGCACCCGGGCUGGGUUGACACCAAGGCUGGUUUCAGCAGAGCCUGCUGGCCAGGGCGCCCACAUGGCCUUUCUGUGUGGCUCGGGCUGAGUUCUUCGAGGAAGUAUCUGGAAAUCAGACAUUCCCAGGGAGCAGAGCGGUUGCUGCGUGGCCUCUUCUUAUCCAGCCUCACAAAUCCCCGGCAUCAUUUCCCUUUCUCCCCUGCUCUGCGGGUCGAAGCUGUCACCAGUCUGCCCAGACUCAAGGGGAGGGGAUGUGGCCCCCAGCUCUCGAUGUCAAAAGGAAUUGGGUUGCUUUAAGACUGCCUCCGUGUUGUCCUUCCAAAACAGUUAGGACCUAUUUCGGGUUGAGAAGCAGAGUCUGACGACCGGCUCUGUGGUUCAGGACGGCCAUCAGGUGCCCGGUUGUCGUUCGUGACCGUGCUCUUGCAUGAGGGCUAUCAGCUAACUGCCGUCACACGUUAUGGCAGCUGGGAGCUCCUGGCCCUUCCAGAUCCUUCCAAACCAUCCUGAUCCAGCCAGAGAGCCAGAGGAGGCAUGGAGGCUUCCCGGGAAGAGUCCAGACUUUGGAAACAGAGACGCCGGAGUCCGGGUCCCAGCUCUGCGACUGUGCGACCUCAGGCAAGUCAGUUCACCUUGUCCGUCUCUGUCUCUUCUGCAAGAUGGCGACACUCCCUACCUUAGCAGAAGUGUUUUGAACCUCACGAAAGGUGAGGUGCCAUUUGUCCGGGCACCUGGCACUCAGAUUAUAGUAACCGGAAGGCGUUGCAGGGAAUGGCCUUAGUAGUUCAGCGAUAUCAUUAAUGAGAGUCACACGUCGCACCUUCUCGUAGGAUCCUGAUAGGGAAUAACCACCCAGAAUCUGGCUCCCUUUUUUCGUGAACAGUGCACAUUUCUUGGAUCUUUAAGCCCCCCGUGAUGCUGACUUAUCAGCGUGCUGCAGGGGUUUGAAGAGAGAACAUGCGUUAACAUGAGGCCAGAUGGCUGAGCCUAUCACUGAGUGCAAGACUAAUUACUUGAAGUAUCUUUCAAGCAGAUCCUAGCCUGGUCCCUCCUUUGUACCUGCGGUUUUUGUUGUUUCUAAAUGGCAUCUUUGUAAAAGUCAUUUUCCUAAUCAGGAGCUGCUCAGGUAGAAGGAGGCAGUGGAUAUUUAGAAUCUUGUUUUCAGCAAGCUUGACGAAUUCUUUCAGUUCUCACGGUUGUCUGUGGUUCCGCCGUAGUUUGAUGUAGGUGACUGUGCCUCCACGUGGCACUUUCGCGGUUUUGUUUCCAGUCGUGUUGGUUGUUUCUUUUUCUUUUGUUUCUGCACUUGGUAAAACCUGUCGAAGUGGUGAUUUCAGGCCUCGUUGUUUGGUUCUGACCUCAGGAGACACCCUUCUGAUACUUCUUUUGCGGGAGUGAGUGAUGUUUUCAGGAGGUUUUCAUUGGGUAACUUACUAGGUCCAAGAAGUCCCUUCUGAGUGGCCACGGGCUUUUGCCUGUCUUGUUUGUUUUUGCUUUGUGAAUCACGAGAAGGUCCUGAUUUCCGGACGACGUAAGGGACGUGUGUAUGUGUGCCACACGACCAGUGCCAAAAUGGGUUUAGACGCGCGGGGCGCUCCGAGGCGUGCGUGCGUGCGUGCAUUAACUGUCUCGGCUAGAGGGCCGCCGGGACCUCAGAGGUAGUGUGAAGUCAGGUCCCUGUGAGGGCCGGGCCGUCUCUCCAGGUGUUGAGAGCAGAUGCACCGCCCUGGCCGGCCACAUGGCUUCACGAGGGGGGGGGGGGGGCGACGCGAGUGAGACUUGGGGUGUGUGGGAGGACACGCGUGACCCCCAAACCCCUGAAGUCCCGGGUAGAUCGGGCGUUGGCAUCGGCAGGCUGCACGCGUGACAGAGGUGUGACAAAGCGGGGCGUAAGUUGGAGAACGUGGCGAGUUACUAUGUUGCUGUAGUUGGACGCACUGAACAGGAGCAGCCGGACAGAGACGCAGUCAGUGGGUCCGCAGUCCGCAGGUCCUGUGAACCUGCGGCAUCUGAAAGAGUGUCCUGUCGGGUGGCAGGGGCUCUGGGUGGCUCUGGGCACCGCAGGGUCUCCAGGAGAGAGACGUCUGCUGUGGCUGGUUUCCAGGGGCCGAGACGAGGAGCGGGACGGGCUGGGGAGGGAGUGGGCGUGCGGAAGCCAGGUCAGGGACGCCCUGUGGCUCACGGAGUGGCCCGUGUGCAGAGGGCACAGGGUCGCUGAGGGUCGUGCCGCACGGUGGGCACUCAUCCGAGCGGGGAGAUGGAGUGUUCUCCUGGGGCGGCUGUCAGGCCUGGCAGGGAAUGGGGAGGGAGCCGGGACUGUCAUGGAUAGAAUUUAGCAAAGCGAUUGGCUUCAACAGAAAGAAAUGUAAGCUCAUGCCUGCUCGCUCAGGAUUGAAGUCAUUUGGACUUCUAGGCUGGCAGCGGCUUAGAAAGAGCCCUUCUCCAGUAACUGAGCCCAAACCAGCGGGUCCCGCUGCGUCCUGCUGGCCUGGUCUAAGACACCUCCUCCUCUUCCUCCUCCUUUCACUUAUUUGAGAGAGAGAGCAAGAAGGAGAGGGAGAGAGAGAGUCUCAAAUAGACUCCUUGCUGUCAGUACGGAGCCCGAUGCGGAGCUCGAACGCAUGAACCUUGAAAUCACGACCUGAGCCGAAAUGAAGGGCCAGGCGCUCGGCCGACUGAGCCCCCCAGGGUCCCCAUCUAAGAUACUUCUUUUGGGUGUGAUGGCUUCAAAAUGCCUGACAAAGCCCCUGACUUUGUCCUCCGUAAGGGCCAUGGGGACUGUUGUGUGUGUGUCCCCUUCCCGCCUGUGUUGCCACAUUAAGUGGCCGAGCUGCUUUGUGGGGCCGUCAGCCCUCCGGGGCAUCUGGCCUCAGUCCCGCUCGUCCUUUUCCGUCUGUGUUGGACCACGUAGAGUAACUGAUACGGCAGUGGACAGCCACCUUGCAGCCUGGGCACCCAGGGUCACCCGUCAGUUCCCCAGUCGGGCCGAUGACGCAGAGCCUUGGUUCUGAGUGACACGGGUUGUGUGUUAGCCGAGGAGGGAGAGAUGAUGGGUUUCGCCGCCUAGCCGGUAAAAAUAGACACUUAUUCUUUCCACGGCAGGCGGAAAGCGAAGACUUCACUCAGUAGCCCCGUGGGACAGAACUGAAAUUGUGGUUUCUUUCGUUUUUGAUACCAUUCUUCUCUUCCUGAUUCCUUGUCUGUUAAAAUUCAUCAGGCCUCACGAGCUGAUGGUGAUGGAUCAGGACCCGUGGAUUCGCGUUAGCUACACACCCGCCUGUGCGUUGUGCUUCGUCCGUUACCCAGUGCUCGCGCCUCCUGCGCCGCCACCGCCACCCAUCCAAGGAUAUGCCUUCAAGCCUCCACCCAGACCCGACUUCGGGACCUCCGGGAGAACAAUCAAGUUACAGGCCAACUUCUUUGAAAUGGACAUUCCAAAAAUUGACAUCUACCAUUAUGAAUUGGAUAUCAAGCCGGAGAAAUGCCCGAGGAGAGUCAACAGGGAAAUAGUGGAACAUAUGGUCCAGCACUUUAAAACACAGAUCUUUGGGGAUCGGAAACCAGUGUUUGAUGGAAGAAAGAAUCUCUACACAGCGAUGCCCCUCCCAAUCGGGAGGGAUAAGGUGGAGCUGGAGGUCACGCUGCCGGGAGAAGGGAAGGACCGCAUCUUCAAGGUGUCCAUCAAGUGGGUGUCCUGUGUGAGCUUGCAGGCGUUACACGAUGCACUUUCGGGGCGGCUGCCCAGCGUCCCCUUUGAGACGAUCCAGGCCCUGGACGUGGUCAUGCGGCAUUUGCCAUCCAUGAGGUACACCCCCGUGGGCCGCUCCUUCUUCACAGCGUCCGAGGGCUGCUCCAACCCCCUCGGGGGGGGCCGGGAAGUGUGGUUUGGCUUCCAUCAGUCCGUCCGACCUUCUCUUUGGAAAAUGAUGUUAAACAUUGAUGUCUCAGCAACUGCGUUUUAUAAGGCACAGCCAGUAAUCGAGUUUGUUUGUGAAGUUUUGGAUUUUAAAAGUAUUGAAGAACAACAAAAACCUCUGACAGAUUCCCAAAGGGUAAAGUUUACCAAAGAAAUCAAAGGUCUGAAGGUGGAGAUCACGCACUGUGGGCAGAUGAAGAGGAAGUACCGCGUCUGCAACGUGACCCGGCGGCCCGCCAGCCACCAAACAUUCCCGCUUCAGCAGGAGAGCGGGCAGACGGUGGAGUGCACGGUGGCCCAGUACUUCAAGGACAGGCACAAGCUGGUUCUGCGCUACCCCCACCUGCCAUGUUUACAAGUCGGACAGGAGCAGAAACACACCUACCUUCCCCUCGAGGUCUGUAACAUAGUAGCAGGACAGAGAUGUAUCAAAAAGCUGACCGACAAUCAGACCUCAACCAUGAUCAGAGCGACUGCCAGGUCGGCGCCCGAUCGGCAAGAAGAGAUUAGCAAGCUGAUGCGAAGCGCAAGUUUUAAUACAGAUCCGUAUGUUCGUGAAUUUGGAAUCAUGGUCAAAGACGAGAUGACAGAUGUGACCGGACGGGUCCUCCAGCCGCCCUCCAUCCUCUACGGGGGCAGGAAUAAAGCGAUCGCCACCCCUGUCCAGGGCGUCUGGGACAUGAGGAACAAGCAGUUUCACACGGGCAUUGAGAUCAAGGUGUGGGCCAUCGCGUGCUUCGCCCCCCAGCGCCAGUGCACGGAGGUCCACCUGAAAUCCUUCACGGAGCAGCUCAGAAAGAUCUCGAGGGACGCUGGGAUGCCGAUCCAGGGCCAGCCGUGCUUCUGCAAGUACGCCCAGGGGGCGGAUAGCGUGGAGCCCAUGUUCAGGCACCUGAAGAACACGUACGCUGGCCUUCAGCUGGUGGUGGUCAUCCUGCCUGGCAAAACCCCCGUUUACGCCGAGGUCAAGCGCGUGGGAGACACGGUGCUGGGGAUGGCCACGCAGUGUGUGCAGAUGAAGAACGUGCAGAGGACCACGCCCCAGACCCUGUCCAACCUCUGCUUGAAGAUCAACGUCAAGCUGGGAGGCGUGAACAACAUCCUGCUGCCCCAGGGGAGGCCACCCGUGUUCCAGCAGCCCGUCAUCUUUCUGGGGGCCGAUGUCACCCACCCACCCGCUGGGGACGGGAAGAAGCCUUCCAUUGCCGCCGUCGUGGGCAGCAUGGACGCCCACCCCAACCGCUACUGUGCCACCGUGCGGGUUCAGCAGCACCGGCAGGAGAUCAUCCAGGACCUGGCCACCAUGGUCCGCGAGCUCCUCAUCCAGUUCUACAAGUCCACGCGCUUCAAGCCGACCCGCAUCAUCUUCUACCGCGACGGCGUCUCGGAGGGGCAGUUUCAGCAGGUUCUCCACCACGAGUUACUGGCCAUUCGCGAGGCGUGUAUUAAGCUGGAAAAGGACUACCAGCCAGGGAUCACGUUCAUAGUGGUGCAGAAAAGGCACCACACGCGGCUCUUCUGCACCGACAAGAACGAGAGGGUUGGGAAAAGUGGAAACAUUCCGGCAGGCACGACCGUGGACACGAAAAUCACCCACCCGACCGAGUUUGACUUCUACCUGUGUAGUCACGCCGGCAUCCAGGGAACAAGCAGGCCUUCCCACUACCACGUGCUUUGGGACGACAAUCGUUUCUCUUCCGACGAGCUGCAGAUCCUCACCUACCAGCUGUGUCACACCUACGUGCGCUGCACACGCUCCGUGUCCAUCCCGGCGCCGGCAUACUACGCUCACCUGGUGGCCUUCCGCGCCAGGUACCACCUGGUGGACAAAGAACAUGACAGUGCCGAAGGAAGCCAUACCUCCGGGCAGAGUAAUGGGCGAGACCACCAAGCCUUGGCAAAGGCGGUCCAGGUUCAUCAGGACACGCUACGCACCAUGUACUUUGCUUGACGUGUCAUAGUGUUUACGAUGGUAUACGGAGUUGGAUUCACAUGAGACCAGCUACACUCAGACCAACAGAUGCCCAGCCCUUCCGUGACAGCCAGCAUCGAACAUGAGACGUCAUCGGUUUUAGUAGAUCCUCCAUCUUCCAGAAUGCCUUCCGUCCCGGAUUUCAGACCUGGAUUUUGAACUGCAGACCUGUAUGAGACCCCAUUGUCGUAGGAAGUAUGGUUUGCCAAAAUCUAGAAGCUGCUUCUUAAAAUAGAGUCCCGUGUUUCCUAAAAAUCUCCUAAAACCAGUCUAUGAACUCAGGGCUUUAAAACAUUUUUAAUUUAUUUGGUCAUUCAAUUUACUUGUUUUUAAUACAUGAUUCUCUAUGAAAUUGAUGGGCUCAAACUAGCUGUGAACGUUCUCAGAGAGUGGAAGCAAAACACAGAGCACGGCAGUGGUUUUAAAGCCUUGAGCGUUGUGAGGUGGUCGCUGACGUCUACACCAGAGUGACCCUAGUACGCUCCUGACAGGGCUCACACAAGCUCUUAGGGGCCGAGGGCAGGUGGCCCGCCGAGGCGCCCACGGGCGUCUCGCUCUGUCACCACCCGCCUCUCACUCAGCUUGAAAUAAGGAGCGGGGGCAGAAGACGGGCCAUGUGUGUUUACAACAUUUAUAGGUCCAGAGAGAUUGGCAGACAAGUGCCAUUUUAAUAAAAAUUUAUUUAAAAAAAAAAAAAGAAAAAAGACAAUAUGCCGACAGUCUAAUCGUAAGAUUUGUCCUAUAGGACUGUGACAUUUAUUUUCCAAAGUUUCUAAAGAAUACGGGUCUGUGGUGAUAAAUACAGUACAAUCCUUUUUCACUGUUAUGUCUUUAAUGUAAGAGAAAAAAAUAUAUAUAUCUGGUUUGCAGUAUUAAUGUGAUAGGUAGAUGCUGUUUUUCAUUUUAUUGACUAUGGGGUGCUUAUUGUGAUCUGUUUAGCAUAUCAGGAGUGUUUUGGAGCCUGGAGACUGGACCGCCUCGUGUGGUUCUCGCGCUUACGUACAGGAGUAUGCAAUUGACUCAAUGUGACCGCGACCCGCCUUCCCCGCGUAGAUUGCGUAGCCUGUACCUCGGGGGGCACCGAGCGCGCACGGCAGCCGCUCGCCGCCACCCCACCUCCCGCCCCCGUGUGUUGCUCAGCCGGUUAAGCACAGAUGGAAUGUACUUCUUCUUCCAUUCCCGGAACAGGUCCACGUGUCGGAGCGCACUUCUCUCUGCGUCUGGUUCUCUGUUAGACGAGUCUCGUAGGAUCUAUGCACUGAAACGCGCAGAGAGCCGUCGGCGGUGGCUCCCCGUUGUGGCGCGAGGCCAGCGGCCCGCGACGGAGCCUGCCCGCGGAGGUGGUGGACUGCAAAGCCCGCAGAAGAGAUUUGCAUUCUGGGCCCCAGACGCGGGUUUGCCAAUCUAGAAACCGUCGCACUAAGCGUGAUACCACGGACAACUCCGGAAGGGUAACAGCAGACGACUCUGUGCUAAGUGGGCUGUUUGUCCUCGUAGACAGUUUUUAAAACAAAUCAAAUCCACGUUCAGUGUAGAGAUUCGGGGAAGGAGACGAGCCCUUCCCCCCCCCCCCCCCAAGUGCUGCUUUAUGCUCUGUAGGCUUACCCCUCCCUGCCGGCGGCCCUCCCCGGACCCAGUCCCCGACACUGACCUCUGGCCCUGCGGUGGGGCGGGGAUCCCGAUGGGCUGGCUGCCUCUUGCUGGAGACAGCACCCCCACCUCCAUCCUUGUCUGCUGGCUCGGAGGGGGGAGGGGCGACCGCAGGCGGGGCUGUGACAGACACUUGGCCUAGAUUUUGGCGGCGAUGACAAAGGGGCGACUAUUGUUUGUGAAGAUAUAUACUCAGAGUGGUGUGUGCGUGCGUGUCUGUGUGUGCAUGUGGGUGUCUUAGUAAUGGCAUUAGCCUUUUCUUGCUGUAUCUUUUUUGUUUUGGGGGUUUUUUUGUUUUUUGGGUUGGUUGGUUUUUUUUGUUGUUAUUUUGUUGGUUUUUUUUUUUCUUUUUUUUUUUUGUUAUUUUGGUCUUUUUAAACGAACAGAAGCCUCUGCUCUAAGAAAUGUUGCAAUUCCCUGUCCUUUUAUUGGCAAGUGGCACUUUCUCCUAUUUUCAGAAGGAUACCAAUACACUCUUGGCUUAAAUUACCAGGAGCAUCCAAGCUAAGGAGGGAAUCUCUUCACUAAUACACCUUCGAAAUCUGAAAUUAGGUUAGUUUUCAGCCAUGUUUAGGGUCAUCUGGAAUCGUGUGUCUCAAAGGCUUGUUUCUGCGACCUGCCACAGGGUCCUGGCGGUCAGGGCAGUGGCGGUGCUUGGUAAAAAUGCAGACCCCUGAAUCAGAUUCUCCAGAGCUGGGCUGGGCGUCUGUAUUUUGUACCUUCAGCCGGGAUUCCGGGGCUGCCUGAAGUCUGAGAACCCGUGAUGGAGAACUUUCUGAAGAGUAAUCUCCCUCGAGCACCAAGGGCCCAGCCCUUUGGCAGUGCGGGCAGGUGCCUUCUAAGCUAACGCCUAGGAAAGAUCACAGGCUGACAGAAAAUGAGACCUUUUUUUUCUUUAAUCAUUUGAAGGCAAGGUGUUCCUUUUCGUGGGCCAUAGUACUUGAGAAAGGUACUUUGUACAGCCCUAUGCUAGUUUUACAAAACCUUUCAUACUAAAAGCAUUAACAGACCAAACGUCUCCAGCUGGGUUAGCUGCAUACCUUUGUACACAUCUGAUGAUUCAGAAUUCAAAUGGCUGUAGUUACAGUUUCUCAGGUAAAUAAUUGUUUUCCCAAAUUUCUACCAAUCCCCCCGUUAUUAGGAUCAGUUUUGAGACAGCGUAAAACCUCAAAGUGCAGUAGACUAAGUCUGAGCCCUGUUCAUGUGGAAGCCAAAAGGGGCCCUCGCCCGUCUCUGACUGUGCUUGCACCCCCCGCCCCUGGGCUACCUCGGCCCUCGUGGCCCCAGAUUCCCAGGGGAGCCCCGUCCUCCGCGUGCGUGCGGUCACCGGAGGCUCGGGGCCCAUGUGGACUCGAGUGGCGUCCGCUCGCUGGCUUUGCCCCGCCCCACUGUUAAGUAAGGUGUGCCUUGCUUUAAGCAAACUGAAUGUGAAAAUUAUGAUGUAGAAAUCUGGAUUCAUUAAAGAGGAAAACUAGGAUUUAUCUCGUCUCUUUCAAAGAGGUCUCCCAAUGAGAUUCUUAUACUGGUACUCUUCCUAGUAGAUUUUAAAAUGUUCGCUUUAAGAGAAAUGACAGUACCCACCUCCCUUCCCCACUGUUCUGCUCGCCCCGCUCUCGCCCUAGUGACAAAGCAAUGAAGGAAACCCCGGGGGAGCCGAGGGCGGCCGCUGCUUUGUGCCCGUGCCCCUUGGGGACGCUGAGAUUCCAGCCUGUUUGUGUGCUACAAGCUCAGAAUUUCCUAGUGCGGAUACGUUAUUGUAAAACUGGGCAUACCUGUACUUUUAGAAAGGGACUGUUUGGUUUGGGAGUUGAGAAAUCUUCACACACACACUUUUGAUACGUUAUAGGGUCUGCUUUUACUUUUUUAACGUGAUGUCGCUUUCUGGUGGUGUUCUCACACUCCCGUGGAUGAAUGUUUGCACUCUAGAACCACAGGCGGCCCCUGGCCCUCGGUGGGUGCGGGGGGGGGGGGGGGGGGGCUUGCCCGAGAGGGACGUGGUGGCAACGGAGUGAUUUCCCUGCUCUUUUGAGGUUGGCCGGGGUCCCUGCUCUGACUGAUGUUCACCCUGGCUGCGGGGUGCUCAUUGGAAAAGACCGUGUAGUUCAGUUCCUGCAGCGGGGUGUGGGGUAGUUUUACUGAUGUCAUAUUAUAUGUUAUUUUUAUUGUUGGUAAAUGCAAAUGUUGCUAUUUAUUUUUUUUCUUUCUGCUCUGGUUCGAUUUGGCCGAUGUGGAUAUCCCAGUGCAUGUGGUACCUGAUGGAUAUGCUAGCAGUUUCUUUCCCCAACUUUUAUAAAUUGCCUAAUGUUUACCUGCAAGUUUGCCGGAUGAUUUUAUUUUUGAAAGCCACAAAUGUAAUUUUUCUGGAUGAAUUGUUUUUCUUAUAUAUGCAGCAAUGUAAUUUUACAUUGAUCUGCAGGGUGAUUUAAAUUUUAUUUUUACAGGGCAGUUUUUCAGUCAAAUUAUAUAUUUGAUACAAUAUGUUAAGGGUAGACCAGCCAAGCGUCCUGCAGUUGGGACACCAGACUGUCUCUGGGGGGCCUGGGGGGCUGGGACGGCUUCUCUUGGUUGCUUGGCAUCAUGGAAGCACUUGGCUUGGUUCGUGGAGCCGUCAGGAUCUGGAUGUACUCCUUCAACGGGACUUUGAUCUGUUGGACAGUUAAAAGGAUUUUUCGUGGGCAUUUUCCUACACCUAAGGCAGUUCCAUUAGGAGGAGCUUUAGAAGUUGACAUAAUCCAGACAGUGGACAAUCCCAGUGGCCCAGACAAGCCAUAGAAAUUUCCCUGUGACCUCUCUUUGACUCAUCUCUCACGCUCAUGAGAAAAGGAAUGUACAAUAAAUAGAAACUUCCUCAGUGUUCGUACGCCUCACUUUCAGAAUGCAAAUAGUUUAUUUAUAUUUUAAGCCCUUCCCCAAAGUAACCAAGAAUCUUCUCCCUCGAGCUGCCCUGCCUGCGGGUUUCGGCUGCGGUGACGUUCUCUUCAGUGUGGACACGGUGCACGUGUGACUUUGUAAUGGGGUUGUCUGUGUUACACACACACGCUGACUCUUUUGUAAGGAAGAUUUUCAACUCAGAAUAAUUGCACUGAUUUUUUGACAACUUCCUUUUUAUUAUGUCCAACUUUGCAUCUGCUGUACUUGUUUGAAACGAUUGUAAAUAGAUGUAGGGCCGCAAACGUGAUAGGAACGCGACGCGUCGCUUUGUUGUAGGGUACUGGCACGUUUUCAGUAUUAUGUGUUAGAGUCGCGUGGACUUCACUGCCUCUUUAGCCUUGUGUCUGCUGACCAUUCAUGAAGGACAAAUUAGCCUCGUUUUCUUGUUUUCCAGAAAGGAAGUUUGCAGUUUAUUGAAAGGAGGGUAUGCUCUCCCGUUGAGGUCUGAAGAUUUAACUUUAAGAGGGUUAACUAUAAAUCCUUUGAGCGCUCUCUUUGGUCUCAUUCCUGGUUGUUUUUCAUGGCUCCUUAAAGCAUUUUCUUCCAGUUCCAUCCAGCAUCUGACAGUUCGGAUCAGAAGCAUCUGUGUGGCCAAUGUUGCUAGACGGUGAGGGCCUCCCUCACUUCUCUUUGGUCAGCCAUCAUUUUAAAGCCAUGAGAUCACCGUUGUGUCAAAACCGUCAUUUGUGGCUUAGCCCAUCCAUGCUGGAGAGACCUGAGAUCCAGCGCUGUUCCUGUAUGCCUUGUGACGUUGCUAGAUGAGAAGUAUGUGCUCCAGCCCACAGCCCACAGCGUGUAAUCGUUUGCGGUCAGGCUACCCAGUGAGACACACACGGAGCUUCUAGACCCAAACCAGUCACGAAUGUGUGUCAACGUAGCGUCGAUGCCAUCGUGGUGCCCUCCGUAAUGCUUUUUUGGUUAUGUUUUGCCAUUUUAUUGUCUAAAGUGAAUGUAUUGGCCUAGCCAAAUCACUACAGAAGGUGGUUUCUGAAUACCUUUUAGUUUAAAAAAAAGUAAAUAAAUGCAGAUAAAGGCUACCUCUGAAUUCUCGGUAGAUUAGUGUUUGCUCUUAAGCGUAGCUAUCCACACUGAAAAUAGCCAAAACGUUGCCUGAAUAAACUGAAUUGUGAACAUCUCUCUCUCCAGUUCUGGCUUGAAAAUGUGUGUGCCAUACUGUGACCCGUGGGCAGUCCCCUCCUCCCCCUCGGAGGUAAGAGAGGCGGGCCGGGACUCCUCGGGGCUGCCCGGCUCCGUUUUAGGACUCUAAGCAGCCAGCACGAGGAAGAGCCUCCCACACCGUCCUCCCAGGCUGGCGGGAGCGCCUCCGUGCGGGGCUGCGUGCAGCGAGACCCUGAAGCGGCCUGUGGUCCUGGCCUUGUGCGCUUCCCUGUUUGCUGUGAGAAAGCACUCUCUUCUCUGCUUCACUUGUGAAUGGGUUGAAAAUGGCUCCCUCUGCGCUCUCCUCCCUUUUUAUACGCUCUGUAAAAUCACAAAGGUGCUUAAACACCAACUCUUGUGCAAAAAUAAUCCAUCUAAAGUGGCCGUGUGGUCGCAGGAGACAGUGCGGUCGUGAUCGGCCUUUGACCUUGGAACCUUGAGUUACUGUCACUCCCUACUUAAAAAUGAUCUACGGUUUAAAAGCAAAAUGUUCUGUCCGAGUCCAAGGCCCUUUGUUUGACCGGACAUAAGGGCCCACAGCCAGCAUCUUGAAGUCGGAGUUCCCAGGGCCCCCUGGGUCAUCUGACGCUAACUCGCUAGCUAACUCGCUAACUCGCAGGCAGUCAGUCCUGAGAGUCUGUCACCUACCGCUCUGAAUAGCCCUCCCUGUGAUUAACCACUUUGCUGCCAGAACGUCCUUUGCCCACACGCUGCCGUGGGUCAGUCGGGGUCGCCCUCUGCCCUCUUCACCUCUUGUCUUUAGGCUCGUUACGUUCUCUCAUCUUUGGAAGGUCCGCAUUUGCUGCGAGACCCCUCCGUUGGUUUGCUCUUAAAUUCUUGAGGGACAGGCGGGCGGUUUUGCGGGAACGGACGUCUGGGGGCGUGGAGGUUGCUCUGCUCGCCCACCGGACCCUCAUCAGAUGCUGACUUUGGCGCAGAGAGGUUACGCGCGUAACGUGACCUGGCAGUUUUUGCCUUUAGCACGGUCGUUUUGGGUUUUGAUGCUUUUCUCGCUGCGCGGCGUGCUUUAAUCCUGAAAGAGCUAAGUGUCCUUUGCGGUCUUUCUACGAAUGUUUUAUAAUGGCGCGACUACACUGUUUUGUAGACACAGCCCUCCCCAAGAUGCGUGGGCGCUCAGCGCGGGCACCCUCAGUGUCUGCUGACCUGCUGCUUCUGGAACUGCUCCGGCGCUCUGGGUUGGCCUUCUCUUCGACCAGAAUCCCAUUCAGGGCGUUUUCAGGGGACACCGCACGGCAGCCCACUCUGAUUCAGUAAUGUGAACUGUUGAACUCAGAUCUGCCCAUGAGCUCUGUGCAUAAAUGUCUCCAGAAUCCCGGGGUGAGCCUCUCCCGCCAUUUUCACGUUCAUGAAAAAUUAUUUUAAAAGAGGGAGCUGAAGACUACUGGUGCUUUUGUUAUUAACACUUUUCUCUUACUGGUUGAUGUGAAAGAGUUAAAGCUAAAACACCAAAUAUUAACUCUUCCUCCUCGUCUCCAGGAACUAGAUGUUGAGGCCACCCUCGUUAAGCACCUUCUGAAUCAAGGUCCUUCAAACCGUGAGUCGAUCCCAAGACCAGCCUACGCCAUGAGGCCAGGGGUGCGGUGCAGGCCAACUGUGUGGCCCCUUGGCACCACUUGGCAGACCUCGGUGCUUGUGUUGGGGAGCCGAGGCUCCUUUGAACUCUAGAGACUGUGGGGACAAUCUGGGGGAGGGGGGCGCGGGAGAGGGCAGGUCCCUCUGACCCAGGAAGCGGGUGGCACCAGGCCUUCCUCUGGUCUCCCUCGGUACCAGACUGAGCAUGUUCUGGAAGACCCAGUCUCAGCCUCUGUGCCUUUAAAAGUCCGGUCCUCAGUGUCCUUUUGGAAUCGCGUUGGGGCUGCGUUUUCAUUGGGAAGUAAGCCUGGAUCAUUCCACAAGUCAAUCAUUGACCUUCUGCCUUUGAAGCUGCGUUUGCUCCUCAGCUCCUGACUUUGUAAACUGUGAUGCCCGUGCAUACUGUCUCACGUCGGAAAACGUUAGGUUCUUGUAGCCGCAGGAUUUCCUUUCCAAGUCCACGUCCGCGGCGGGGAUUCCGGGAAACGCGCGCAAGAUCCAUCUCUUUUAGUCAGGCAUCGACCAUAACCGUCAGCAAGACCUGGUGGCUUCGUCCCCUUAGUCGCUUGACAAGACUAUUUAGUGUCACGGAACUAGAUUUUUAGAAAAGGAAUUGGAAUCGUGUCUCUGGUAAAUUGCGUGUGAAGUCCUCAGACGUAAGGUGCUAUUCAGUCCUACUGUCCUUCUCUUGGGACGCUUUUCGUUAGCGUUGCUGUUUUGUGUGGUGUGUGGGGAAGCUGCUGACUGGGGUGAGCCAUGCAUAUAGGACUCCCGAUUCUGACAUACCUAAAAUGCAGUCUUUAUCUCUAACUCACCUAAGCCAGGUUUUGAGCAGUUUCUUGGCUGAUGGUCUAAUGACAAAACACCUUACCCUGUCCAGGAUGAUUUUAUUGCUUUCAAGCGGGGGAAAGAACCCGAUGUUACUUAUUUUUAAAAUGCAUAGAAAUCCAUCCUUACUGGCUCCUCUUGGCCCUCCCUUCUCCCAAUCUCUCCUUUCUGAAAGGCAGUGAGUGGUCUUUCCCUCGGCAGAGGUGCUGGCUGCAGAGGGGAGGACACAUUCAGAAUUUCGGAUCUUCUUCCAAGGCAAAUACACGCGUGACUAAAAUCCUGAGAGUAUAUAGUGUAGCACUAAAUGGAAAUUUGAGUCCUGAGUUUGAUAGUGGAUUUUAAUGUAGUGGCUGAAGGUAUGAAUUCAUGUUUUGUAACUAUAGAGGCAAGUGAGUUUUUACUUUUUAAAAAGUUUUAAGAGAAUAAUUGUUAAGUUUCUGUGCAGCAAAGUGGCUAAUUACUCAUUAAAUACAAGAAAAGAAUGUAGUGUCUAAAUCCAGAUUUUUCUUACCUCUGAUACACUUCAGAUUACUUACCUAAUAUGUAUUGAGGGGUUUUAACCCUGAGUUUUAUCAACUUUUCUAGUUUUAUUUUAUUUUUAUAAAAUAAUUGAAAAAGAACCAAAAAUGAAUUCAGAAGUUCCAUAGGUAGAUCUUGCCCCUUCUUAAUUUUCCCCCCACAAUAAAACAUUUUAGAAGAUAUUUUGAAUCAAAAUGUAUUGUGACCAUUGAAAGUUUACUAUUUUCUAAGAAGCUGAGCAGCUACAAGGGCCUCGUUUCAGGCGGUACUCUGCGUAUUGUCCACGGACUGUUGAUACCUGUGCGGUGGGUCUAUGUGACGACGUCUUGUGCUUGCAAUAGAGAAACCGUGCAGUGCUGUUUUGUAAAACUGAAAGUUCCUGUACAAACUAGUAUUUAUAUACAUUGGCCUCUCUGUAUAAUUUCUCAUUUACUACAUGAAUUGUAAAAUUAAUUAUAAAAUUAUAGUACCUGCUAAAUACAAUUCGGAGGCUUACGUCCUUGUCUUUUGUUCACUACCAUUCCGUGUGUUUUGAGGAUGUCCGAUGCCUGCAUGACGCGAGGUGGUAAUGCCACUUUAAAUCAAGCCUUAAUCAGAUGUUAAAAUUGUAAGUUUCAGAGUAUGCAAAAA